AUGUUCAAGGCAAAACAGCGCCCAAAGAACCAGCGUAAACACGAAGAGAAUGUGGAGAAACAAGAAGAACAAGAUGGUCACGUCUCGGGGGAAGAAACGCCCGCAAAAGAGGCUACACCAGCGAUAAGGCAAAGCAGUUUGGAAGACAUGAUCGCUCUCCGAAACAUGCGCAAGGCAAGGCAGGGCAUUGACGCCUCCAAACUCGCAACAGGCGGACAGAAAAAGCGCAAGAAUGAGGAAGAGGAAUACGAAUCAGAGAAGCCUCGCUAUGGAUUGCAUACACCAAAAGAAGACGAUGGCGAAGACGACUUGGAAGGUGCAAUGGCAAAGGCUCGAAGGGCAGUCAGAAUGAGCAACUUCACCCAGCAAACCAAUGCCCUCGACGUGGACAAGCAUAUGAUGGCGUACAUUGAAGAAAACCUCAAGCUCAUGAAACAACAGGCAGGGACAUCAAUCGAAGAGGAUGCCUCCAAAGCUCCACCCACGACAGAAGAAGGAAUGCUUAAAUUUGGUGAACGAUACAAGACUCAUGGCAUCGAGCUCAAAGAAGGGAGUGUCGGAAACAGCUUAGCGAUGCUCUCUGCCAUUCCAGAGGUGGAUCUUGGCAUGGAUGCUCGCCUCCGCAAUAUCGAAGAGACGGAAAAGGCAAAAAGAAUUGCAGCAGAGGAGAAGCGGGCUCGAGAAGCACAAAGGAUGAACCCUGACGAAGCUCGCUUGGCUGCUACAAGAUUUUACAAUCCUCACCUGCGUCAAGAAUCUGAUCAGGAAGCUAUCAAACAGGCAAAGUACAAGGCCUUGGGUAUCGACGUACCGGAGAAGUCGCAGAGGAAGCAUGAACGUCCCGAGCUAGCGUCAGACGAGGCAGUCAUGGAACGCUUCAGAAAGAGAAUGAAGCGAUAG